AUGGUGCAGCCUUCAUUCAACCAUCCGAAAAAGAACCCAGCGGCAGCAUCCACAUCACCCACAAACGCUCUCGAUGUCUUUCUCGACAACCAGAAUCAGGCUUACUUCGAGGAGCUCUAUAAAUCGGAGGCUGUCUGCCUUUGUAUCUUGAGACUGCUACCUCCCGUGUGUCGGCAACUCAUAUUACAUGGCCUCUGGUCGCAUGCUCCGUUACGCAGUGUAGAUGUCAAGCAACAACUGCAGAUCAAGGUUGAUGUCUCGCUGGAACAAGUAGACGAGAUCCUGCGCCCAGCAAUCAACCGAAGAGUCCUCCAUCCGAUGGUUCACAAGGGACACACCCAGAGCUGGCCUCUCAACGAUAGCUUCAAGAAGGGUCUGCGGAAUGCGUUGACUGGUCUAGGAAGAUCCAAUUCAUUUGGAGUGCCAUUCGACAAGCCCGAAUAUGCCGGCUUCGACACGCCUCCAGAAGACGAGCUGAUCGCAGAAGGAGAAAAGAAGUUUGAGGCCAUAUCAAAGUAUAUGGUAUCUUCCGGUCUGGGCACAGCAUUUGUUGGGGAACGUCCUCGGCCGCAGGUGCUUCAUCUCUUGCAUACGAGUGGUCUGAUGACUGAUCCAGGGGAUCCCAGUGGAAGAAAUCCCAACAUCAAUCGCCUGACCAUCACUUCGAAAGGCUUCCAAUUCUUACUAGAAGAGAGGCAGACGCAGUUGUGGGAGAUUUUAAUGUACUAUCUCAGCGCAAAAGAGGCCAACUCUGAACGCUCCGCCGAGGUGCUCUCCAUGUUCUUUUCUCUCGGGUGCAUGGACCUUGGCCAAGACUACAGUGCCUCAGAAUCCUUCCCCCGGUCACAGACCGCGCUCAACGACUUGGCCGAAUACGGCUUCAUCUUUAAGCGGUCCCCAGAAAGCGACCAGUUUUGGCCUACGCAUUUGGCCACCUCGCUGUGCUCUGGCGACUCUGCGGCGAUCAAUACCCAGACAGCGGAUGACAAGCGGUUCCUCAUCCUGGAGACGAAUUACAAGAUCUACGCGUACACUUCAAAUGAGCUCGAGAUUGCAAUCCUCAACCUCUUUGUCGACAUUCGCAUCCGCUACCCCAAUCUCGUCGUCGGCAAGCUCGACCGACAGCACGUCAAGGCGGCGAUGGACAAGGGUAUCUCGGCGCAUCAGAUCAUCGCCUACCUCGGAAGCCACGCGCACCCCCAGAUGUACAACUCGCCCCCUCCGUUACUGCAUCCUACUAUUGUAGAUCAACUGCAUCUGUGGGAUAGCGAGAGACAUAGGCUUCAAAUGGAAGAAACGGUCAUGUACGAGUUCUUCAGUAAAGAGCUUUUUGAUGACACUGUCAAUGAGGCCAAGGCGAACGCUGCUCUUCAGCACUCCUCCGCCUCGAAUAAACUCUUGUUUAUUGAACCUCACACCAAGCCAGCUAUCACAGACUUUGUGAAGCAAAGACAGAACUAUUUGAGGGGAGGUUUCUAG